AUGCUGAGGUCAAUUGCACAUGCUUCCUUCUCCUUCUGCACCAAUCCACCAUUUUGUCUUCUGAAACCCAUCGUAAGAACUAGAUGCGGUAACUUGCCUCGAUUCAGUCUUAUGAAAAUCCACAGUUUUAGAGGAACGAUUAGCAAUACUGGAAGCAUGGCCGAUGUUUUGGAGAUCAUAGGUCCUCUGGACAACUUCCUUUCCUCCGAAGCUAUCAUCUAUGUGACUUUGCUGAGGAAGUGCAUCCGGUGUAAGAGUUUUCUGAUGGGAAGGUUGGCUCUUGCUCAUUUGGUCAAGCUCGGAUUCAAAUCAGAACUUUUUAUUUCGAAUAUUCUACUGGAUGUGUGUUCUAAAGCCGGGUUUUUGGAUGAUGGCGCGAAGUUGUUUGAUGAAAUGCCGCAAAGAGACAUCAUCUCUUGGUGUACUAUCAUAUCUGGUUAUGUUAGUCAUGGGUUUGAUAUGGAAGCUUAUGGUUUGUUCAAGAGUAUGCUUGAGAGCGGGUUGAUGCCUAACCAUUUUGUAAUGUCAUCUGUGUUGAAGGCUUGCUCUGCAGCAGGAAUUUUGGAGCUCGGUGUUUUGGUUCAUUGCUUGGCUACCAAGUGUGGAUUGGGGUUUGAUAGAUUUGUUGAAGUUGGUCUUGUUAGUAUGUAUACCAAAUGUGGGUCCUUGAAUGAUGCAGUCAAGUUGUUCUACGAAAUUCCUGUGAAGACCUCCAUUUCCUGGAAUGCGAUUGUUUCGGGUUGCAUUCAGAACGGUUAUCUCAUUGAGGCUGUUCAAAUGUGUUUGGAGAUGUGUCGGAUAGGAUUUAGAAUGGAUUUGGUGACUUUAAGGAUAGUUAUGAGCGCUGGUUCUGCAUUGGAGAUUUUCGAAUUUUGUAAGUCGCUUCAUGUUUAUUCUAUAAAAAUUGGGUUGGAUACUGAUUGUUUUCUCAUUGCUGAGUUUGUGAGGUUGUUAGCUAAGCUAGGCGAAGUAGUCUAUAUGAGUGAGCUCUCUAAUAUGGUAAAGAGGCCCGAUAUGUCCUUGUAUGCAUUACUUAUAUCAGGAUAUCAUGUACAUGGUUGCAGGGAAGAAGCUGUUUGGUUAGUAAAAGAGCUAUUUGUUUUGGGUAUGAAACCAAAAGAAGGAGGGUGGAUCAGCAUUUUAAACAUUUGUGCUUCCAUGGAAGAGGGCAUGCAAAUUCAUGCUCUUAUAUUAAAAUCUAGUUAUUUGUCCUCCAUUUCUGUUGGGAAUGCUUUGAUUUCAAUGUACAUCAGAUGUGGUGAGAUGAUUGAGGCAUAUGAAACCUUUCUUAAGAUGGAAGAAUAUGAUGCUGUUACAUGGACAACAAUCAUGACAGGUCUUACUCAUAACCUUCAUUACAAAGAAGCUCUUGAAACAUUUCAAGAUUUCAGGAAAACUGAGCUCCAACCAGAUGAACAUUGUGUAGCUACAAUUAUCAAUGCUUGCACUGGUCUUCAGGACAUAGAUGAAGGCAUACAAAUCCAUGCUUUAGUAGUAAAACAAGGUCUAGAAUUUUGUAGCUUUGUAAGUGCAUCUAUCCUUCACAUGUAUACAAAAUGUGGGUAUAUAGGCAGUGCAGAAAGGUUGUUCUCUCAUGCAUCCUCCACUUGUGAUUUGAUUCUAACAAAUAUCAUGCUCGCCGGCUAUUGUUGGAAUUCUCUGCCACUUAUGGCUUUUGAGCUAUUUAAGGGGGAGUACCAAUCUGGAUUGAUUCCUGACCAGUUCAGCAUUUCUACCAUGCUUGUUUGUUAA